AAACCACCCGACCCUUCUCCCCCACCACCCUCAUCCCCUGUACCAUCCCGAUUCUUCGCACGAAUAUCGUCUCGGUCUCACUGGAAUGCGAAGGAAUUAGGCCGGCCGUGGAACGACCUGCUCGCCAGCCCGAGAGCGACCGUCGACCCAUUCGAACCGGGAUCCCCCUCUCCACACGCUGAGCGCUUGUACUCAAGAAUCUGCGAUUCGGGACCCAAAGCGAUUCAGUCGAGCUGCUCUCUUGUGGUGCUGCUUAACACCCUGAAUCGCUUUUCAUUUCUCUGCGAGGGACAAUCUGAUGUCUGAUCGCACCCCUUCCACAACCUUCCCAGCCGGACCUCUUUCACCCUCUUCACCCGCUGCCGGGUCUGCUCUUAAAGAGAGCCGACAGCUCCCAGUCUCCUCGGACCAUAUCCCUCAAACUCCGACAUCGCCUCCGUUGAUGUCGGUCAGCGACCAGAACAAUGUCUCCAACUUUACAUCCUCCCAAACAUCACCGAAUCAGGCGACGAUCCACCACCACCCUCCGCACACCUCCUCUCCUCCCUCUUCCACGCCCAUGUCAACUCAAGUUUCUCAGCAGCCGACUGUGAGCACGACAAAUUCUUUUCCUACCCCCGCCAGCAGCGUGAGUGGCCACCAAGCGAAUGCGACGUCGGCGGAAGAUACAGAUUUUAAAGCGUUGCACGGGGGAACACAGGACUCUACGAGAAAUAUGGGCGACGGAUCAGACUACCAAACGACAGAACACAGACGAACCGAUCACGACCGGCAGGCUUUGACGACCUCUUCGGCAGCAGCCGGAGUACGCGACUUUGCCACUGGGUUCAAUUCUGACCCGGACGUGAUUGACCUGGACAAGGAGCCUGCGUCCCGUGGCGAUACUCGAAAUCUCGGCUUAGACUCCCUUCAGAAGGAGUUCACUUCGGCCUUUCACCUAUGCAAGAGCUCGCCUAUUGCGACUGGUCCGGAUCCAUCGUGGGAUCUCAUUUCCCUCUACGGCCUUGGCUCGGUUGCACAAUCGGUUGCACGAAUUCACCCCGUUACUGGCGAAAAGAUCAACAGGCUACGAAAGUCCUACGAAGGCAAACUGAAGCCUAUGGGUUUAGCGGGCAAGAACAAGCCGAUCAAGCAGGACUCGAGCAAGGAAGGCAGCUUGAGGUAUCUUACGUUGUGGCCGGAAGAAGAAUGGCAGAAUCAAAAGGUCUUUGGAAAGCAGAUCAAGACCACGGAUAUGGACUCUGCGCUCCUCAGUCUUCAAACCAAUGCCAUGCAGCUGCAGCCUGGGAUGGCACCGAACAAUGAGUUCUGGGAAGACGUUUUGGGACUGGAGAAGCCGGUAAAGGCUCAGAGUCCUAGCGAUGCUGGCAAGAAGGCCGUGCCAACUCCAAGUGGCCGGUUCGCUACUCAAGCAAAUGUGGCUAGUGGCACGGGAGCUCAAGAUAUGGGCGAUAGGGCACGCCCCAGUCGCGGUCGCAAGCGACAUUAUGAUGACAACAGCUUCGUCGGGUAUGGCGAAGGCUACGCGGAUGACGAUGAUGAGACCGGUUUCUACUCCAAUGGAGAAGGAGCCGGCAAAAAGAAACGGAAGAAGGAUCAUGUUUCCAAAGUCUCGACACCAAUGUCCGAGCGAGGCGGCAGCUACGGAGUCGGCAUGUUUGGCAUCGGUGCCAGAUGAGACCGAUUUUCCAUGGAUCAAAAAGCAGUCUUUUCUGUCUUUUUGUUUAAUUGUUCUCAAAUUUUUUUUUCUCACAGUACAUGUUGCAUCACGGUGCUGGAUAUACCCGGCUUUCAUCUAUCGGACGGCGUUCAAUGGCGGAUGGUGGGAAAUAAGUAUCUCAACAUGGAUACGAAUUGAUUUGUGUUGUUUCCCUCUUAUUACUCGCCAGGUAUUGUUUUUUUUUUUUCAUUCAUUUCUGCUUCGUAUUUCUCGUCGACAUUGAUUUUCUCCGAGGUUUCCACUGCUGUAUUGGCUGGCUUCGGUCUUUUUUUUUGGUUCUCUUUCCUGCAAAGGGUGUUCUUAUGCUGCUUUUCAAGCACAUCGUGGCCAGUUCAGUUCCAAGCUGGAGAUUGUGUAGUUUCCUAUUUUUCCUCCGAAAUUUUUGAUUCUCUCUAUGGGUGGUCGGCUCGACGAGCCUUCGUUGAUGGGUUGCUUUUUGCGUUCCAAUUUUCGCGGACGCUCGGCUUUAAUUCUGUUAAGGCUGCUUGGGGAGUUGAGGAAGUUGACUAUGAAAUGAUUAAAUAGAUAAAAAAUGUGCAGACUGGUCGGAGUCUUUG